AUGAUUACUUCGGAUUCCCCCAGUGCUUUGAAAAAACUUCAUGACAUUACGAAGGAAUGUCUAGCAGGACUCAAGAACUUUAAUAUCAAUAUAGCUAGUUGGGAUCCCAUUUUAUUACAUAUUUUACUGAAGAAGUUAGACAAGGUUACGCACGCCUUAUACGAACAAACUUUGACUUCACCACGAGAACUGCAGCCGGUUGAUGCAUUUCUCGCGUUUUUGGAAAGACGCUUUCAGUCUUUAGAGGCCUUGUGUAACGACAAGAGGAGUACGACUCAAAACAAACCUACAAACCGAACCUCGGCUUUAAUAUCCACCAAGGACAGUCAAUCUUUACAGUGCAAAAACUGCAAGGGAAGCCAUCGAAUCUACACAUGUGAAGCUUUUAAACAAUUGUCCAUCUGGGAUCGAGUAGCCAAAAUCAAGCAGCUGAGGCUAUGUUUGAAUUGCCUACGGGAAGGACAUCGAAGUGCACAGUGUAGCGCAGGAAGUUGUCUUAAAUGUGGCAAGAAGCACAACACUCUACUACAUAUGGACGCCAACAAUCAAGACAAAACAACGCCCUCUAUCACCACAAUUCAAACAGCCAACGCCACCAAGCAAGGUCAAGUAUCAAGUAUUGUACAGGACAAGGGUUCUACAAAUGUCAACCAUUCUAUUGCAUUAUCAACGGAAAUAUCAGCAUCAGAGGGACCUUUUGUUCUAUUAGCUACUGCACUCAUCAAGGUGAUAAACCAAAAGGGCAAGUCGAUAGAAAUAAGAGCUCUGCUGGAUAGUGGCUCCCAAAUAAACAUAAUUACAGAAACGGCUGUGAGAAAGCUGGGACUACAACCAACUAGUUACCAUAUACACAUUCGUGGUCUGGGCGGAGCGUCGCAACAAUCGCAAGAGAUGGUAACGUUGUCAUUGCAAUCAAGAAUCACUACGUUUGCACGGAAGAUAGACGCUAUAGUUUUACCACAUAUAACAUCCUCUCAACCAUCGCAAGGUCUGAAUUCAAGGAACUGGGCCAUACCCGGCAAUAUUCAGCUUGCCGAUCCUCAUUUUGACCGGGAAGGGCGUAUUGAUCUACUUCUCGGAGCUGACAUCUACUACGAACUAUUAGCUACAGGGCAGAUGCGGCUAUCAAGGAACCUGCCACUGCUGCAAAACACGGUCUUUGGCUGGAUAAUUGCUGGAAGGGUUGCAACAUCCUAUCAGAAAGACGUUACAUGUGGCAUCCUCAACACCGAUGAUUCCAAGCUCAGCGAGCAGAUCGAGCGUUUUUGGAAAUUGGAGGAACCAGAAUCUACAGAGAACCUUGCGAUGACAACACAAGAAAUAAAGUGUGAAAAUCAUUUUGCUCAAACCAUGAAACGAACGAACAAUGGACGUUUCAUUGUGAAACUGCCUUUCAAGGUGGAUCCAGCAAAACUCGGCAAAUCUAGGGGCAAUGCGGAGAGGCGACUUUUCAAAUUAGAAUGGAGAUUAGCACGAAACCCAGAACUACGCAAACAGUACAAUGAAUUUAUGGACGAAUACAAGCAACUGGGGCAUAUGACGGAAAUAGAUGAAGGAAGUAUUCCGAGUCUUCAUUACUUUCUUCCCCAUCAUAGCGUUCUGAAGCCAGAGAGCACCACCACUAAACUUAGAGUAGUUUUUGACGCCUCUUCGGAAACCUCUUCUGGAUACAGUUUGAACGAUGUACUUGCUACAGGCCCUACCAUCCAAUCCGAAUUAUUUACCAUUCUAGUACGAUUUCGGCUGCCUUGCUUUGUUUUUACUGCUGACAUCGAAAAGAUGUAUCGACAAGUCCAGGUGUCGGAGGAAGACAAGAGAUUUCAACUAAUUCUAUGGCGAAAUGAGCCUAAUGAACCUAUAAGAUGUUAUCAGCUGAACACGGUCACAUAUGGUAUUUCCUCUGCACCAUAUCUAGCCACCAAAUGCCUACAAGAAUUGUCAUCACAGACAACGCACAAAUACCCAUCCGGUUCGACUGCAUUAAGACGGGAUUUUUAUAUGGACGAUGUGAUGUCAGGUGCAAACACCUUGACAGAAGCUAUUGAGACGCAACAUCAACUUCGCACAAUCUUGCAAUCAGCCGGCUUUAAGCUUCGAAAGUGGUGUGCAAACAACAAGAAUCUUUUAAACAACAUUCCUGUUGAAGAUCAGGCACUCCAACUGGACAUAACCCAAGAAAGGGAGGAAAACGUAAAGACACUAGGAUUAGUUUGGACUCCUAAGACAGAUGAAUUUCAAAUUAAAUGCCCAUACACGGAAUCUAAGAAAGUAACAAAGAGAUCAGCGCUAUCGGAUAUCGCUCAUCUGUUCGAUCCGCUAGGAUUGAUGGCACCAGUUACAGUUACUGCUAAAAUCUUCCUUCAAAGGCUGUGGAGUCUCAAAAUAGGUUGGGAUGAAGAAAUUCCUUUAGAACUACAGGCGGAAUGGUCAAAAUAUUAUAAUGACUUGCAGGGGCUGAAUCAAAUUAAGGUACCUCGUCACAUAUUUGGAGGGAAGGUACCUGAAAAAAUACAGUUACAUGUCUUUUCGGACGCUUCGGAAAAGGCGUAUGGUGCAGCGGUAUAUUUACGAGCUAUUCAGUCAGAUGGGGUUCGCACAGUUCGUCUUUUAUGUGCAAAGUCGAAGGUGGCACCAUUAAAACGAGUGACCCUACCAAGAUUGGAAUUGUGUGCAGCAAGGCUAGCAGCUGAACUCGCUCAUCGGCUUAAACGGGACAUAGAAAUUCCAGACUAUAAUUGCUUUUACUGGACCGACUCCGAAAUUGUCCUAAAUUGGAUCAAUGCAGAAGCAUCGUCAUUUUAUACGUUCGUGGCUAAUCGAGUCGCUGCUAUACAACAAAAAUCCUCACCCAUCCCCCCCCCCAAUCCCCCUCCUUAA